AUGGCCAUGAUCGGGCCCAAUUUCAGUGCAGAUCAUGACUCUAGGCAGCCCAUGUUCUUGAUCACCACUGGAAUUCUCAUCCUGCUUUCGACCGUUGUGGUGGCUCUCAGGCUCUACUGUCGUUUCUAUCGCGUCCGCAAUGUUGGACUCGACGACUACUUCAUGGUUGCUGCACUUUUUGUCACGAUUGGCAUGGCGAUCAUGAAUGGUUAUCAUAUCAGCUGGGGUACAGGACAACAUUUGAAGUACUUGGAUGUACCUUCAAUGAGGAUUCCAACUCUCAAGCACUUCUAUUUCUACCAGUUGGUUUAUCCUUUGGCGCUGUUCCUCGUCAAGGCUAGCAUACUAGCGCUGUACCAUCGCAUUUUUGAGCUGGUAGAAUUCCGAUAUAAAGUGUGGUCUGUAGCUGCAUUUGUCACAGUCUACACGAUCGUGGUCCUUUUUGUCAACGCUUUCGAGUGCAGGCCCAACCCUUCGCAAGCGUGGUCACCGACAUUUCCUAAAGGUUGCAAUAACCUGCGAGCUACCUAUUUUGCGCUUGGAGCCAUAAAUGUUCUCACAGAUAUCACGAUCUUUCUCCUGCCAUUGAAAGCUUUCUGCAGUCUGCAACUAGAUCCGAGGAGAAGAUGGGCACUACUUGGUGUUUUCAUGAUUGGCGGUCUGGCUGUUAUUGCUUCAAUCGUAAGGAUAUAUGCGCUUUGGUUGUACAAUGUUACGGAAGAUAUAUCGUAUGACUCAAUCUUCAUCCUCCUUUUGUCACAGAUCGAAGUGAACGUAGCGAUCAUAUCUGCCUCGGCCCCAGCCAUACGACCGCUUCUCAGGAAUACGCCGCUUUCUUUUAGCCAGCCGGAGGCGUAUGGGAGCGGCUAUCUGCGUACCAUAGGCAGUGAAUCAGCCUCUAACAACCAGAACUCGCGGAGUCGUACAAGAUCCAACGGCCAAAUCGAGCUCCUCACGUAUGGUGGGCGUGGUACACCGGUAAAACACAAAGCCUUGUGUGGAGGAAGAGGCAACACGAGCGAGGAGUCAAUCCUUAUAGAUGGCGGGAUUACAAAGACCAUGGAAACGAGGAUAGAUUUUGAGCAGAUUAAUGAUGAAGAGCUGCCGCCGCGCCGGCUACCUACGAAGGACCCAAAGUGA